AUGAACUUUACGAACAAUGCGUCGCUGGUACAUGGAGUACAUAUCCUAACAAUGGCUCUCACUAUGGCACAGAUGGUACACAAGACACACAGGUUUGCAUUGGAACUGCACAAAGACGAAUACAAGAUACCUGAGAGUUGGUACGUUUAGUACUGUUCUUGUUUUCAUUAUGUCUAAGUCCAUUUGCUAUAACAACUUGUAACAAAUUUAAUAAUGAAAAAGUUUUUUUAAACUUUACUUUCCUAUCAUAGUAAUUAAAACUCACUUACAGUGAUCCGACAGACGACUCUCUUGCCCAGUUUGUACUAGAGACCUUGUUCAACCACAAGUACAACAAGAACACCUGCCCCUCCAAACUUACGCCUACUGUAGUCACCAUAGAGUUUGUUAUCCAGUCUAUCGCCCAAGUAUCAGAGAUCAGCUCUACCUUCACCAUUGACUUACUGUUCAGCCAGAUUUGGUACGACGCUCGGCUAAGGUUCGACCAUCUGACCAGCUGUCUACAGAACCUUACCUUAGGGCAUGAAAUUGUGGACAAGCUCUGGACUCCGAAUGUUUGUUUUGUAAAUUCCAAGAAGACAGAGAUCCACACUUCACCGUCGCCAAACAUCUUCUUGUUGUUGUAUCCGAAUGGCACUAUCUGGGUUAAUUAUCGACUUCAGGUUCAAGGACCUUGUGAUAUGAAUUUAGGUAAGACUUAAUUUUUAAAUUACUUAAAAUAAAACUUUUGUUGACUGGCAUAUCAUUUUCUACAAAUAAAUAAUGUAAUUCAUAAAAGCGCGGGAAAAAACAAUUUCAAAAAUUUUAAUCUUUAAUGUUUUUUUGCUACGAGGUUUUUAGGUAUAUUUUCUUGUAUAAAUUAACAAUAUUUGACAUAGAAUAUUGAGAAAAAGGUACAAUAUUUUAAUAAUAAGCGUUUCAGAGUACAUUUUACUAAAAACCUUUAGAAUAUUUGUUUUUAGAGUUGUUUCCAUUGGAUGUCCAAGUUUGUGAACUAGUCAUUGAGAGCUACGCCUUCAACAACCAAAAAGUGUCGCUAAACUGGAGAGAAUGGAAUCCCGUAAGUGUUGUACUAACCUUAUAAAUGUUUUUGUCAAAAUAUUAAAGGUGUAGUUUGUUUUAAUACGACUUUCGAUCUAAAACAAUAUGUUUAUUUUAAGGUGUUUUCGAUAGCCAAAUCAAAGCUUGCCGACUUUACCUUGUACGGUAUUCGAUGGACUAAAAAUAGUUUUGAAUACGCGGCUGGACAGUGGGACCAGCUGACGGUAUCGUUGAGCUUUUCGAGGGCAUACGGGUUCUACGUGCUUCAAAUGUAUCUACCUACAUACGCUUCUGUUUCUAUCGCUUUCAUAUCUUUCUGGAUUGAUCUCAAAGCUCUUCCGGCUAGAAUUACUCUAGGGGUACGUUUGUGAAGUAUUUUGUGGUUUAUAUGCAUAGGUAAAUUAAUUUUUGUCAAAAAUUUAUAAAAUAUUUUUAGAUGUCCUCAAUAUUGGCCUUAACUUAUCAGGUAAGCAUUUAGUUUCCACAUAAUUAUAUAUGUAUGACAACGAUCAUGAUAUUGUUUUUUUUUCAGUAUGGAAACAUAGCCAAGACGUUGCCAAAAGUUGGUUAUGUAAAAUCAGCGGACGUCUACUUUACUAUGGUCACAAUGUUUAUAUGCUUGACGAUGUUGGAAGUUGCGAUAGUUUGGUAUGUUUCCAACAUGAUCUUGUGAUUUUUAUUAUAAAGUAACGUAUUAUCGUAUUUUAGCUACCUAGAAAGUGAACACGAAAGGAUACGAGACAAAAGAGAAGUCGAGAAAAAGCAGAAGAAGGCCGAGCAGUUCAGAAAGUAAGGAUAAUAUAUCUAGAUAUGUUUUGUAAAGUAACAUUCUACACUUAUCAAGUGAUUUCACAUAAGUUUCUGAAUAAUAUUGGUCUUUAUAUUAUCAUGAAAAUUAUCUUACAGUGUGACCACACGUCUGAAGCCGGCUAACGGCGACACGAAGACCUACGGAUCGUUGGACAAGGAAGAUGAAGAAGAUCCUAAAGACCUUCCAGUCAAACACAAGAGUUCUUUCGUAUCGUUCUUCCAACGUCCUUCGUCGACAUUCCUGGAUCCUUUCCAAGCCUUUACAGCCAUCAGCUUAUUCUCUGAUCUAGAGGUUGAGAAGCCGCCCAAAUGGACUGGAGCACGUGUUGACAAAAUCAGUCGGUAAAUUAUCAUUUUUAAACUUAUUUUUGUGCUGUUGUUAGGGUUAUCAUAUUAUGUUCUCGUGUAUUUUUGUCGUAUUACCAUGCCUUUUGUUGACACUAAUAGUACUGUAAUUUCAGAAAGCUAUUCCCCCUGUCAUUCUUCUUGUUUAACGUAGCGUACUGGACGUAUUACCUCACUCAGAACCAUUAUGCGAAAGAACGGGCUUUGAAUCCUUUGUAA